AUGCUGCAUCUGCUUAGCCAGCAAGCCUUGCGUGCUGUUCCUGCCGUGUCGCCAUAUGGUCAUCUGCGACACUUGCCAUGCCGAGUCGAAGAUCGUCGAGUGCCCCGCCUGCAGAACCCGGGUUGGCGAUUCGAUGAGGGUCUUUUCCUAAUGCUCAUCGUUAGACGCGAUAGUGCACUAAAACUGCUGCUAGAGGUGCUUUCACAAGACAUAUACGUACACGAUUUCUUAUUUCUGUGAUU